UACAAAUACAAUAUCCCUGAGCGCUUAAAAUAACUACAAACUCCCAUCGAGUUGCGCAGUAUGAAUUUAUAGCCCUUUAAAUGUACGUGCAAAAUGGCUGCGCAGGUCGACUUGGUCCGUAUUAAAGUAGAAAAUAAGGUAAGGGACGGUCUUGAUAAAUUUGCCAAAGAAAAGAAGAAGAGGGAACUGUCACCGUCCGCGGAUAAACGCCAGCGCUCAUCCGAGGAUGCAAAGAAAGUAAAGCUCCAUCAUCAUCGGCACCACCAUGACCCACAACAUGUUCAACAGCAGCAGAAUGGCCAACCACAACCACGCAACUCCGGUGCCGAAAAACCUACCCUACAACGACACCACCAGCAGCAUCAUCAUCACCACCACCAGCACAACAACACCAACGAUGCAAAGAAGGACUCGCACCUGCAGCCUCCGCUGCCUGCGCGGAAGGUGGUACCUGCAGCAGCCAAGUUGGACAGGAAGAAAGCACUUCCCCCGGUUCUGCCGCCUGGACUGUUCAAUUUCACGCCCCUCAAAGUAGCCGAACCCAAGGCCAAAAUACAGGAGAGCAAGGAAAAGCACAGGGAGAAAGAGCUCAAACUCAAACCUAAGAAGGAAAACACAGAGGCUAACGUAAAACAUGGAGUAGGCCUAUAUAAGAAAAAGAAAGAGCCCCAUCAUGAUGAGAACAGCAAGACUCAGUCGCUGGAGGAGUACCUGUUGAGGAAGACGAAAAAGAAGCGGAGGCACCGUGAGGAUGAGCGUGGUAAGACGAUCCACACGUACAACAAGGAGGUCCAGACCGUGUAUGGUGGUCUGACUGACCACAGUCCUUCAGCCCGCCUUGGCCCCGUGAAGGAGGGGAAACACUGCCAGUCUGGUUCAGGCGCCAACAACAACCAGCUCACUCCUAAAGAGGAACACAGCCACACCCACCUCCCCUUUCUCUCCCCCCAAGACCACUUCAUCCGCUGUUCGUCUCUGCAGACAGGCACCGUCUACGGACGCUUCAUCCAUGAGGAGCGCCAGGCCAACGGCGGAGCAUCGGUCCUGCAUGCCUACGCUGAUGAGCUGUCCUCUCUACGGCCGGGGGAGAUGGAGCACUUUGCCCAGGAGUUCCUAGAGCUGGCCUUCACUGAGAGACCCAGAGGGGCAGCUCGCUACGCCCUGGCUGUGGUGCACAGGGCUGCUGCCUACCUACCUGACUUCCUGGACUACUUUGCCUUCAACUUCCCCUCCACACCGGUCAAGAUGGAGAUCCUGGGGAAGAAGGAUAUAGAGACCACUACUAUCGCUAACUUCCACUCUCAGGUGGGCCGGACCUACUGCUCGGGGACGUACCGGGCCGGUCCCAUGAGACAGAUCAGUCUGGUGGGAGCCAUGGCAGAGGAGGUGGGGGACUACUUCCCAGAGUUCCUGGACAUGCUGGAGGAGUCCCCCUUUCUGAAGAUGACCCUACCUUGGGGCAGUCUCUCCAGCCUGAAGCUGGACUGUCGUUCCCAGAGUGAUGAUGGGCCCAUCAUGUGGGUCCGGCCGGGUGAGCAGAUGGUGCCAACCGCUGACAUGCCCAAGUCACCCUUCAAACGACGCAGGUCCAUGAAUGAGAUUAAGAACCUUCACUACCUGCCCAGGACCAGUGAGCCCAGAGAGGUGCUGUUUGAGGACCGAACCAGGGCUCAUGCUGACCAUGUGGGCCAGAGCUUCGACUGGCAGAGUACGGCAGCAGUGGGCGUGCUGAAGGCUGUGCAGUUUGGGGAAUGGAGUGCGCGUCCGAGGAUAACCAAAGAUGUGGUGUGUUUCCACGCAGAAGACUUUAACGAUGUGGUCCAGAGACUGCAGCUGGAUCUUUACGAGCCCCCUGUGUCUCAGUGUGUCCAGUGGGUAGACGAUGCCAAGCUGAACCAGCUGAGGCGGGAGGGUAUCCGCUAUGUCCGUGCGCAGCUGUGUGACGACGACAUCUACUUCAUCCCCCGUAACGUCAUUCACCAGUUCAAAACUGUGUCGGCAGUCUGCAGCCUGGCCUGGCACAUCCGCCUCAGACAGUACCAUGACGAGAAGGACUGCGGAGAACACACCCUACACAAGCCCAACGACCAGAGCACAACAUCGGGUCAAUUCUUCUCAUCCUCCCCUUCCCCGGCCCAGCAAGAUGCCAAAGGGCCCCACUGUGCCGGUCUGCAGGCACAGAGAGACACGACCCAGGGAGCAGUGGCCAAGACUGAGAAACCAGUGUUUCAGAGGCCUACUACUCCACCUAGAGAGCCCCGGCCAGCCCGUCCUCAGUCUGCCAAGUCUGCACACCUGCCCCCUCCCUUCCUGGGCAUCAGCCCCUUGCCACAGCCCCUCGCUCCCUCUGGUUCUGGUUCUAACCCCUCCACCGUCGAGCCGAGGCUUCCACAGCCCCUGGUCUGGCCUCCCCCUGGUCUAAACUACAACUCCCCGCGACCCCACCAUGAUGUACAGCGUCACUGCCCCACUGACUUCUUCAAAUGACCUUCCCUCUUUUAGCUACGUUUACUACCUUCUAAGGGAGAGCAGCUUAUUUAAAGGAAUGUGACUGUGUGCGCUUAUGACACUUUCUGAAAAUGUUAUUCUUGAACUUUUUGAACUUCUCUUUAAAUUAUUCAGAUAAAGUAUUAUUUUUAUUUGUAAAUUCAGUAUGAGACAAGCUUAGAAAUGUUUUUUUUUCUUAGCCAAAGUGUGAAAUGUACAUUUAGGAACAUUUGUCAGAAAAAGUGUCUGUGUUUAUUUGUUAGUACCUGAAACUGAGGUCCCUCUGGGGAGUUUCCUAACUUGCUUCGAGAGUUACCAAGGCAACUCGCUUUGCCAGUCGAGAGAGACUACCAAGGUGUACAGUAUAUCAUGUACAUUGCCUAAUUGGUUUUUAGAUAAAAGUGCCUGCCACCCGAAGAACAGCAAUCAGUCUCAGAUACAUAUAUAUUUUUUUCAUUCUUAGAGUAGCCUUCUUGAGACUUUCUGUGAUGGUGAAUGUAAAAGGGUAAAAAAAAAAAAUCAUCUGUUGAAAUUCACAUUUAAGAUAUUUUCCUAAGUUGUUAAACUUAUUUUUGUCUGUGCUUCACAAAUGCAGAGUUGGCCUGUGUUUUUAUAUGGAUUGUGGAUUAAUAUAUUUUUUAGAUGUGUACUGUAAUAAAAAAAUUAUACUGUUAACAAUGAAUGCAUGUCCUGGUGUUUGACACUGACGUUGAUACAGUACAAUAGUUUAUGUCCAAAAUAUUGUCCAACUUUCAGCCAUUUCUAUCUAUGUUUGAAUGUUUUACUACUGUCCUUUUCUACUGUCCCUUUCCUUUACUACUGUCCCUUUCCUUUACUACUGUCCCUUUCCUUUACUACUGUCCCUUUCCUUUACUACUGUCCCUUUCCUUUACUACUGUCCCUUUCCUUUACUACUGUCCCUUUCCUUUACUACUGUCCCUUUCCUUUACUACUGUCCCUUUCCUUUACUACUGUCCCUUUCCUUUACUACUGUCCCUUUCCUUUACUACUGUCCCACUUUUACACUGCUUCUGAUGUUUUAUUUAUUUGUUCAGCAUUUAGUUAAACUAGGUAGCCUAGCGGUUGGACCAGUAGCCGAAAGGUUGCUGGUUCGAAUCCCCGAGCUGACUGUGAAAAAUCUAUGUCAAUGGGCCCUUGUGGAAGACACCUAACCCUACUUCGUCCUGUAAAUCGCUCUGGAUAAGAGCAUCUGCUAAAUGACUAAAAUGUAAAACAAAUGGCCAUAUGUUCUGAAGUAAGUCUAUUACUUUAGGCUGUCCAUUAUAAUGGGUUUUAAGAGGUUAAACCUGUGUGAGGUGAGGGCAGUUUGGGUCUGUGAUGGUGAGGGCAGUUUGGGUCUGUGAUGGUGCACAUGGCAAGAAUGGUUCUGGUCACCAAUCACUUUUGUGAAAUGUUUUCCUGAAAAAACACCCACGCAUUUUAAAAUGCAAUAUAUUAUCUGUUAUGUUGAAUUAUGUGAAUGCUGUCAGUGUACUUUGUCAUACAUGUUUUCUCUCAGUGUUUUGGUGAAAAUGUCACACCCGUCUAUGGGGGAUUGUACUGUAAUAGGUUAAAUCUGAGUUCAAUGUAGUGACCACUAUUGUAAGUGUUCUUGUUUUUGCACUUGUCUGUCUGGUGGUAACUAUGCUGAGAAAGAAGUCUAUGUAAGGGUGACCUGGUUGUUCCUGAGCCUCGGAAGCCCAGGUCGGGUGACGGAGACAGGAUAUGGAAGGCUGGCCACUCGACUAGUUGUUCCUUAAAAGUCUGUCAGUACAACUGAUGCAUUUCCCUAGGAUGCAGAUUAGGAUUUAGCUAGCAUUUUAGUUCCUUGACAAUUCUGCCCAUUUGAAACACAUUUGUUUGUAGGCCUAUAAGCCUAUAAUAACACAGACUAUAAAUUGCUUCCUUACGCUUCAUGAUUUCCAGAUCUGGAAUCUGUAGACUAGAAGGUAUAGAAUCAGGUUGGUUAAAUAAGUCAUAAGAACAGUAUGAAGAUAGAAUUACCCUUUGGAAUGAACAUUGGUCAUUUAAAACAAUGCCUUUCAUGUAUUUUAAGUGUUUCUCAAACAUGCAGUUUUUCUGAAAAGUCGAAUGGCUAGUUAUUGUGAUUUGUUAAACAGAUGGUUGUCAUAGGUACUGAAAUAAAUUGGCAGCUAGCUCCUGUUUCUUCUAA